AUGAACCCGGCCAAGGACGACCACGGCAUGCAGGCCUUCGCGUGCUGGUUGACGCGGGCAGCGGAGGGAAAGGGCGGCUGCGUGGUCGAACUGCGGGCCGAGGCCGAGAAGAUGGAGGGGUACCUGAAAAACGGGCUGUCGGGGGCGGAACCGACCAAGGACUCGGUGCAGCUGCUCAAACUGAUCCACAACACUCUCGGGAAAAGAAGUCCGGUUGGUGCUACUGCUACAACAACUGCGCUACAAGCAAAAUCCUCGGCUCCUGUUGCGCUCCUCUCGUCCGAAGAAAUCGAAAACGAGACCCCCGCCUUGUGGGCGCGAACCGCGUCGCACUUCUACCAAACGGCCAAGACCACGGACACGGACAAGGUAUGCAAGAAAAAAACUACGUGAGUGUAAAUCUGUGAUGCAGAAAGUGCAAAACUGUGACACUUGUCAUGCUGUGUCUGCGUCAUACGCUACUUUCAUACGUGUUUCCACGUAUAGCUGCGCAUGACAGAUUUUCCCUGCAAUGCAACGCUAAUUUGUGAUGCUGCUCUUCCUACACAGUUAUUCUUACACAGUUUUUUUCCUGGAUACAAGGUGACGUCCCACCAGUACCACAACCUGUACGGCAAGUACCUCCCACAGAAGCUUUCCGAUACUGUAUUGUGAGGAAAAAUCCCCCCUCCCCAUAUCGAAAGCGGAAUUUGUGUUGCUGUAUUUGAGUACACAAAUCACAUCUGUCUUGCUAGAGAGGACUGCAGACCCAUAUCAAGCCUGAGCGGAGAUGCUUUGACUUAGGCGCUUAGCAUGAGAAGCGUCCGUGAUGCUGGCUCACCAGCAUGACAAACCGCCUCCAUAAUGGGACGGAAGCUGCUGCCCUUGUCUUCUUGCAACACAAACGUGAUUUGUGACCUCAAAUCAGCAACAACGACGGCUGGCCUACGGAUAUUAGGUGGAAAACAGGCUCAAAUCAGCAACACAAAUUUUCGAAAACCUACCUCUUCAAUAUGGGGAGGGGGGAUUUUUCCUUGCGAUAUACUGCCAAAACCGCCAAGCCGCUGUUCGAGAUCGGACUCGGGUGCAACAUGGGGUACGGGCCGGGGGCCUCCGCGCAGCUCUGGCAAAAGCUCGGGUGGAAGGACGUGCACUUCAUGGAGAUGGACCGGGCCUGCCUGGAGAACUGGAAGGAGAAGGUCACCCAGGGGGGCUACCAGGUGCACGUCGGCGACCAGGAGGCGAGCGCGGCGCUGGAGGAGGUCAAGGCCAACCUGGACUUCGAGGUGGAGGUGGUUGUGGACGACGGCGGGCACUGGAACAAGCAAAUUCUCACCUCCUUCUACACCCUGUGGCCGAUCGUGCGCAACGGCGGGUUUUACUUCGUCGAGGACUGGGCGGAAGUUGCCUACUUAUCCUGUGCAAAAGUAUCGUAAUCGUACUAAUCGCCGUCUUGCAUGACAGAUCCAGCAAGUAAGGUAAACCAGCAUUACAAAUUGCAUUUUUUCUCUUGAAAAAAUUUGUCUUGCAAUUUAUACUAGUGCGAUGCUUUUCCUUUUGCAUUGCAUACUACUACACCGGCUACUACGACGCCCCGAAAAACGGCGUCGCGCGGCCGGGCGACGUAUCAAAUGCAAAAAUGUCUGGGUCUGGAAACUUGUGAUGCUGCGUUGGGAUGAAUAGGGAAUGCUCUGCAAUGCACAGCCAAGCAUGAGAAAUAUCUGCGCUUCUUUGUGUUGCGCUUUUUGCACGACAAACUACGUUUUUGCAUGACAGGCAAAAGGGUCUCUUCUUGGACACGCAUCGCAAACUUUUUGGUCAUCCCAGACAAGCAUGACAAAUCUCGCAGUCUUCCAGACCCAGACACUUUUGCAUUUGAUACGACGAGAAACCGGGCACCUUCCAGUGGGAGAUCGGCAUGAUGCUGCGCCACCUGUUCUGCAAACCGCUGAAGACGCCCUGCUACGGCAACUUUGCCUUCGUCGAGACGCAGUUCAGCCACGUGCUGUUUCGGAAGGGCGGGGAGGAGACGGAGGGGUUGUGAGACGGAAGAGCUUACUUCUGCUUCUGCUGCAGCCUUCGAAUCGGAUUUUUUACGGGAUUCGGUUGCUGUUCGGACCAGUAUCAAAUUCUGAGCUUUGAGAACUGCAACUGCCUCACGUUAUAUCGAUUUGACAUUUCUAGAACGAGAUUGGAGUUUAGAGUUACGUGAUAUGUACAAUUAUCGCCCCCAAAAGUUUUCGCAAUUAAUGAUUUCAAGUAAGAAUAAAAGUAGUUUCCGAGAAGUAAAUAAAAAAAUCAAAAUGCGCUCUGUGUCUGUUGCUGGAAUAUCUGAUAAAAGUAAACCAAAGAACGAACGCGGAGUCAAGUUAGUGUACAAACGAAUUUUGACGUUCUUCUUCUUGCUCUGUUUACUGCAUUGUAUCGAAAGAUGGAGGUUGUAGUGAUAACCCCUGUAAGAGUAACCCCGUACUUGUCGCCCUCUCCCUUUGUCUGACACUACAAGCGAAAAGCUAGACCACGGAAGUAUGUUGAAUCUGUACGCUGACCGUGCUUGCUAGAUGAAGACAACGUAGGUAAUAGUACUUUGCGAUUGCGUUUGCGAC